CUAUCGAGUAUCGACUGCUGUGGAUUUCAUUGAGUAAAUAUUUUUUUGUCUUUGAGGCUAAGUUCUGCUCUGUUCAGCGUCACCAGUGCGUGAUCGGACAGUUUUCGCCAAAAACCGCCUGAUAAUUGUCAAUACUUCUUUUUCUGCACGUACUUGUGGAAAGAACGUAGAAAAUGUCGAAGUGUCGCCAAAACUACCAUGACGAAACCGAAGCUGGGAUUAACAAACAAAUCAAUAUUGAGCUGUUUGCUCAUUAUUCUUAUCUAGGCCAUGGCUGCAUUCUAUGAUCGUGAUGAUGUUGCUCUGAAGGGUUUUUCAAAGUUCUUCAUGGACUCUGCUAAGGAAGAGCAUGAACAUGCUGACAAACUCAUAAAAUAUCAACAUUUGCGUGGGGGUAAAGUUGUAUUCCAACCAAUUGAUCGCCCUGCACAGGAUAGUUGGGAUACUACACUUGCUGCAAUGGAAUAUGCCCUUAACAUGGAAAAACAAGUUAACCAGGCUUUGCUUGAUUUGCACAGAGUGGCUGACAGCCACAAUGAUUCUCACCUGACAAAUUUCCUAGAAGAAGAAUAUCUCAAAGAGCAAGCAGAAUCUAUCAACAAAUUAGCAAAGUUUGUCACCAAUUUACAUCGUGUUGGGGAUGGCUUGGGUGUUUAUAUUUUCGAUAAGGAAUUACAAGAAUAAUCUAAGAAUUGCACUACAAUGUGCAAUUUUUUUUCAGCAGUACAGUGCUGUCUGAACACUUUUCAUUAACAAGGCUGUAGCUUAUGAUAUGUAUCUUAACUUUACUUCAUUACACUUUACUUAAAUAUAAAAAAAAAUAAAAACAGA